AUGCCAGACAAUCAACUCUCUUAUCUCCAAAGCUACCCCAACGCCGAAGGAUAUUUCGGCCGGUUUGGGGGCAAUCACUAUCCACCCGAGCUUCGGCCAGCGCUGGAAGAACUGGCCAGCUGCUAUAAGGAGCUUCGUCAAACGCCAGAAUUCCAGCAGACACUCAACAAGGCGCGAAUUGGACUUCAAGGGCGACCGACCCCGAUACAUUACCUCGAAACUCUUUCGACUCAAGUCGGGGGUGCUCAGAUCUUUAUUAAACGAGAGGAUUUGAACCACACGGGUGCACACAAAAUCAAUCACUGUGUUGGCUUCGCCCUUCUGGCUAAGAAGAUGGGCAAGACCAAACUGAUUGCUGAGACCGGAGCCGGCCAGCACGGCGUCGCGCUGGCAACUGCGGCUGCCUAUUUUGGCCUCGAAUGCGAAGUCCACAUGGGAGAGGUGGAUAUCGCCAAACAGAGUUCGAAUGUCGGUCGUAUGCAGCUGCUCGGCGCGCGCGUGGUACCGGCAACUACGGGCCAGUCCACGCUGAAGGAUGCUAGUGAUUCCGCAUUCAAUGCGUAUGUAGAGCAGCAUGCGCACGCUCUUUAUGCGAUCGGUUCGGCUAUCGGGCCCCAUCCCUUCCCAAUGAUUGUUCGAGACUUCCAAAGUGUAGUCGGUCGAGAGGCUCGCGAGCAAUUCAUGUCUAUAACGGAGGGAAGCUUGCCCGAGCAUGUCGUUGCUUGUGUCGCAGGUGGUUCCAAUGCGAUGGGUAUGUAUUCCGGCUUCAUUGAUGAUCCCGAGGUUGUUCUGCACGCAGUAGAGCCUCUGGGUAUAUCUGACGAGCCAGGCAAACAUGCAGCGACACUAGCCUUCGGAAGACUGGGAACUUUGCACGGCGCUCGAUCAGUUGUGCUGCAGAAAGACGACGAUACACCUGCUAGUGUCUCCUCUAUAGCAUCGGGACUCGCCUACCCCGGCGUUGGUCCUGAGAUUGCGAUGCUCCAUGAAACUGGUCGUCUUUCCAUCGCAGCAAUUUCCAACGAGGAAGCCAUCGACGCAUUUUUCCGCGUGGCAAAAUUCGAGGGCAUUAUCCCUGCGUUAGAGAGUGCGCAUGCUUUGGCGUUUGCGAUCCGCUUGGCUUUGCAGCGCCCUUCGUCUGAACGGAUACUGGUUAACCUGUCUGGACGCGGUGACAAAGAUGUUGACUAUGUGCUUGAGAACUAUGGGACAGGUGCCUAG